GACUUGUCCUUAGGAAAUAGAUUAUUUGACUCACCUCUGUCCUCCUGUGAUUGGUCAGGAGCCCCUGUCAAUCAUCCAACUGUGGAGGAAGUUCCGGUCCUUGCGUCCUGACUUUGCCAGCUCGUACGCAGCCUAUCAUCAUUUUCGCAGCAGGGGGUGGGUCCCUAAAGGAGGGGCCAAAUAUGGCGUUGACCUCAUGUUGUACAGGAAGGGUCCACCUUUCUACCACGCCAGUUACUCGGUGGUAAUUGAGCGUGUUGACGAUGCGUUCGUAGGCUCUGCGUUGCGUCCGUUUUCGUGGCGUUCUCUUGCAGCUCUCAAUAGGAUCACUGCUAAUGUUUCUAAGGAGCUGAUGUUGUGUUACGUCAUCCAUCCAGCCGACCAAUCAGAGGCUGAACUGGACUCACCUGAGUGUCUGAGGAGAUUGAAGGUUCAGGAUGUGAUCGUCAGCCGGUGGGUUUCCUCCAGGGAGCGGGCAGAGCAGGAUGACAUCUGAUUGGCUGAAAGGAGAUGAUGGAGGUCCAGAGAAGACGAACUGAAAUCAGAUUUUAUGUGUUUCAUAGAUUGUUUUAUCAUUAAAAUGAAAUAUGAGAAAAGGG